CCCCCCCGCCCGCCGCCGCGCUGGGCAAUCGCAUCCCUACUGAGCAGGUGUCCGCGAACAGGUGCUGCGGGGGCGGUGCGGGAGGCGGUGCCUUCGCUUCCGGUUCCGGUUCCGGCUGCGGGAGGGCGGGGGAGAUGCUGCAGGCACCGAGGGGGCGGCCCGGGGCCGCAUUCCUGUGGCUCGCCGUGGCGGCGCGCACCAUGGCUGGAGGUACCUGCCGAGAGAGACCAGGGCCCUCGUCCCGUCCUACCUGCGACCCCCCCUCCGGGAGCGCUCGGAGCUGCCGGGAGGAUGUGUAGCGGAGGGGCGUGGCUCGGAGCGCCCACGGUCUCGCUCCCUGAACUGCGUUCGCUGCUGGCCUCCGGCCAGGCCCGGCUCAUCGAUGUGAGAUCUCGGGAGGAGGCGGCAGCGGGGACCAUCCCGGGGGCGCUCAACAUCCCGGUGUCGGAGCUGGAGAGUGCCCUGCAGAUGGAGCCCGCUGCUUUCCAGGCUCUGUACUCCGCCGAGAAGCCGAAGCUGCAAGAUGAGAACCUCAUUUUCUUCUGUCAGAUGGGCAGACGGGGCUUGCAGGCCACGCAGCUGGCCCAAGGCCUUGGGUACACAGGGGCUCGCAACUUCGCAGGAGCCUAUAGAGAAUGGUCCCAGAAAGAAGGUUAGGGUGGCUUCCUGCUGGCCCCCUCUCCCUCGCCCCCAUCGCCCCCUAAACUGAGAGUGAUGAAGGGGGUCACUCCUCAGGUUGGACAGCUCCUUACCGUGCUGUGCACGCACAAGUAUCAAAUAAAGAGCAUUUAAUCAAAA